AUGCAUGCUAGAAGUCAGUUAGCAAGUGAAGGAUCUAGAGACUGGAAACAUCUUGGUGAUAAGCUUAAACAACAUGAAAAAAGUAUUGAACACAUUACUAACUUGAGGUCUUGUGUUGAGUUGCAAAUAAGAUUGAAAACAAGUCAAACAAUUGAUAAAGAACUACAAGAGCUAAUCAAGAAAGAUACAUUACACUGGAAAAAUGUUAUGGUAAGAAUCAUUGAUGUUGUGAAAUGUCUUGCUACACAUAAUUUGGCAUUCCGUGGAACAAAUGAAAAAGUUUUUGAAGAUGGCAAUGGUAACUUUUUAGGCCUACUUGAAAUGAUCUCAGAGUUUGAUCCAGUAAUGCAACAUCAUUUUCGUCUCAUUCAAGAUAAGAAAAUUCAUUAUCAUUAUCUUAGCCAUAAAAUUCAAAAUGAGUUGAUAGAUAUUUUAGCAUCAAAUGUUAAACAAAUAAUUAUUAAAAAAGUCAAAGAGGCAAAGUAUUUUUCAGUGAUUCUUGAUUGUACUCCUGAUGCAAGUCACAAAGAACAAAUGACUUUAAUAUUAAGGUGUGUAGAUGUUUCAUGUACUCCGAUAAAUAUAGAAGAGUACUUUUUAGAGUUUCUAAUUGUGCAAGAUACAACUGGAUUAGGAAUUUUUAAUGAAUUGCAAGAUGUAAUAAAAAAGCUUGAACUAAAUAUUGAUGAUGUAAGGGGGCAGGGCUAUGAUAAUGGAUCAAAUAUGAAAGGGAAAAAUAUGGGUGUACAAAAAAGAUUACUUGAUAUAAAUCCUAGAGCGUUUUACAUGCCAUGCGGUUCUCAUUGUCUUAAUUUAAUACUUUGUGAUAUGGCCAAGUCAUGUGUCAAAGCAAAAUCCUUUUUUGGAGCAUGUCAAUGCAUAUAUACGGUAUUCUCUAAUUCAACAAAAAGGUGGAAUGUGUUACUUGAUUAUAUUGAUGGUUUAACUUUGAAAUCAUUGUCAACUACACGCUGGGAAAGUCACAUAGAAAGUGUUAAAGCAAUAAAAUCUCAAGCUUCUAAAAUCAGAGAAGCUUUAUUUAAAUUAGCUGAAAUUAGUGAAGAUGCUAAAUUGAGUAGGGAUGCUGAAAGUUUAGCAUCAGGAGAGCUUUCAAGUUUCGAGUUUAUAUUAAGCUUGGUUAUUUGGUAUGACAUUUUGCACAAGAUUAACUUAGUUAGUAAAAAAUUACAAUCUGAAGACAUGCGUCUUGAUGUUGCUGUAAGACAAUUAGAAGGACUCGUUUCAUUUUUUGAAAACUAUAGGAUAAAUGGGUUUACUUCUGCCAUGAUUGAUGCUAAAGUAAUUGCAUUAGAUAUGGAAAUUGAGCCUAUAUUUCUUAAAAAACGUCAAACCUGUAGAAAGAGACAUUUUGAUGAGAUUUCCAAUAAUGAGAGGGAACAACAAUCAUCUGAAGAAUCCUUUAGAACUGAUUACUUUCUUGUCAUAGUGGAUAUUGCUCUUGGUGAAUUGAAAAGUAGGUUUGAACAAUUGCAUAUCUUUGAAUCUAUUUUUGGGUUCUUAUUUGAUGCUGCAAAAUUGACUUCUUUGGAUGAAAAUGAAUUGAGAAGCUCUUGUUUGAAUCUUGAAAAUGCUUUAAAAAAUGACAAUGAUACUGAUAUUGAUGCAAGAGAUUUAGAGUCAGAAUUACAGGUGUUGCAAGUGAUGUUACCAAGUGAAGCAAUUGAAACAGAUAAACCAUCGACAUCCAUUAAAAUUCUAGAAUUUGUAAAGAGUGUGGAUAUGUUUCCAAAUGUAAUGGUUGCUUAUAGGAUAUUACUGACUAUACCUGUGACUGUGGCAUCUGCUGAAAGAAGUUUUUCUAAAUUAAAAUUAUUAAAAUCUUAUUUGCGGACCACCAUGGCUCAAGAUAGGCUAAAUGGACUAGCUAUAUUAUGCAUUGAAAGAGAUAUGUUGGAAAACAUUAAAUAUGAUAGUAUAAUUGAUGAUUUUGCUUCUAAAACUGCAACAAGAAGACAUUUUAAGUGA